UUGAAUUUAAAUUCUGAAGAAAAUAAAUAAAUAAAUCAAAAGAAUUUUAAUCAAGUAUUAAAGCCUUUGUAAAUAAAUAAACAAAUAAAUAGAUAGAGAGAGAUAUAUAAACAAACAAAGAAAGACAUACAAAUAUAAAAUUAAAAAUACAACAUAGAAAUGAAGAAAACAACAAUUGCAUCAUCAGCAGUAGCAUCUCAAAAAUAGACUUAAAGUAAACUUGGCAAUACUUCUAGCAAAAUUACUGAAUAAUAAACAACCCAUGAUCCAGCUUUGUCUAGAUCAUUCAGAGGUCAUGAAGAUAUCAUUACUUGUGCUGAUUUUGAUCCUAAAAUGCGCCAAGUUGCAUCUUGUUCUAAGGACUCUAUUGUUUAUGUUUGGAAUUUUAAGCCAUAGCAAAGACCUUUUAAAUUUGUAGGACAUAAAGGAGCUGUUUAUUGCGUAAAAUACAGUCCUGAUGGUGAAACAAUUGCAAGUUGUGGCUAGGACAGAUAGAUCCGUCUUUGGUAGAAUACAGUAUAAUCUAAAUGCUCUAUUAUUAAGGCUCACUGCGGUGCUAUUAGAAGUAUGUCUUUCUCUGCAGAUGGUGGUUACUUGCUUUCUUCCUCUGAUGAUAAGACUUUAAAACUUUGGAGAUUGUAAGAUAAGAAAUUUAUGUGCUCUUUUGCAGGACACAAAAACUGGGUUCGUUCUGGUGUCAUUUCUCCAGACAUGAGAUUGGUUGCAUCUGGCUCUGACGAUAAGACAGUGAUGCUAUGGGAUUUGAAUUUCUAAAAAAUAGUUAGCAAAUAUAGUACUCUAGAUGAUAAUGUUAAAAUUAGUUAAAUUAACAGUUAUAGUGAUCACAUGGAUACAGUUAGUUAAGUUCUUUUCCAUCCCGAUGGAACCUGCUUGAUUUCUUCUUCCUUCGAUCAUAAAAUUAAGAUUACUGAUAUCCGUUCAAAUAAAUUAAUUUAACAUUACAAUGCUCAUGAUGCUUAAGUGAACAGCAUUUCUAUUCAUCCAACUGGUUAUUUCCUUGCUUCUGCAGGCUCUGACUCUAAGAUUAAAAUUUGGGAUCUCCGUUAAGGCAGACAAAUCUACACUCUUUAUUCCAAUGAUAAAGACAUCACAACCGUAUAAUUCAAUCAAUCUGGUGACUACUUCGCUACUGGAGGAUCUCAAAAUCUUUGCAUGGUUUGGAAGACCAAUUUUGAUCAAAAUAUUCAAAAUAUCGAAUAGGUUUAAAGAUCUACAGUCAGAUAAAAUGAUGUUGAAUACAGCAGUGGUGGAUUGUAUGCUUAGACACUUUUCAAGACAAACAAAACUGCUUCUCUUUCUCCAUCCAAAAAGACCAUUUCUAUAAUUCCUCCUCAAUAGUUAUAAGACACAUUCAAUAAUAGAGGCGAUGAUGAAUUAAAUAACGGAAGAGUUCACGAAAAUAAAUAAUCAAAUUCACCUACCUUCUCUUAAUAAUAAUAAUAACAAUAACUCAAUUUAUCUGAAAAUUAAUAUCCUGGACUUGAAAUAGUUGGAAAUCAAUUCAAUUUAUAAUAAUCCACUCUUUCUAAUAACAAUAAUCAAAACAAUCUUAUUAAAUCUCAAAACGACUCUAUUGUUUCAAAUAAAAACGCUAUUCCUUUCCAUCCUUCUUCUGAAUUUUAACAAUCUGCUGUUUAAUAAUAAUUUUCCCAAUAACCUAAAUUAGUAGUAAACAACGGAACAGCAACUUAUCCCUCGAACUUCGUACCUAAAGUUGAAGAAGAAAAUAUUAUGACUGAAGCCAUAGCCGCAAGCAUGCAACAAAUUUAUAGCAGAUUAGAUACAAUGUUCUAAUAUAUGACAAACUUGGAAAACAGAGUUGUCCAAUCUGAAUAAUUACAAAAGAGUUUUGUGAGCUAAAACCACCAAAAUACUUUAGAUCCUAAACAAUAAACUAUGAAUUUUGGAUAUUCUAACAUCCAAGACCAUUCACUUUCUGCAAGCUUAAACGACAGAAAUGUAGUUAACAUCUUCUAAGCCGGAGCUCUUGCAAACACUGGAUCAAUUGAAGCUUCAUUAAUUAAUAAGUAAUAAGAAGAAUGA